AUGAGUGGAAUACAGAAUGAACAACUUGCGGUGUCUGUUGACUUAUGGGACCUAUUUCGGAAGCCCAAAUAUUUAUCCGAAGAAACGAAAGAAGCGCUAUCUACGUACAAUGAGGAAGAAUUAAAACGUUUGUUUUUGAGGAGACUAAAUUUCGGCACAGCUGGUCUUAGGGGGAAAAUGGGGGUCGGGUUUAAUGCCAUGAAUGUUGUAACAAUUAUGCAAACGACGCAGGGCUUGUGUACCUAUUUAAUUAAUACGUACGGAGUAAAUUUGUGUAAAAACAGGGGAAUUAUAUUUGGCUUCGAUGGAAGAUAUCACUCGGAGUCCUUUGCUCACGUAGCUGCAUCUGUGUGUUUAUCAAGAGGGUUCCGAGUAUAUUUAUUUGGUCAAACAGUUGCUACACCUAUAUUGUGUUACUCCAGUUUUAAGAAGAGCUGUUUAUGUGGGGUGAUGGUUACAGCUUCUCACAAUCCCAAGUUGGACAACGGUUAUAAGGUGUAUGCGGCAAAUGGGGCUCAGAUAAUUCCACCCGUCGAUAAGAACAUCUCCGAUUGCAUAUUAAGCAAUUUAAAACCAUGGACUGAAGUGUAUGAUUAUUUAGAUGAAGAUUUUUACUUGAAAGAUACCUCCCUAGUGGAGGACAUAUACUACGAAAUGUAUGACGCAUUUAUGGCUGACAUGAAAAGCGAAUUUAAUUUUAACUGCCAUAGGAAUUCACGUACAAAACUGGUUAUAGUAUACUCCCCCAUGCAUGGAAUUGGGAGAAAGUUUGUCCAAGGUGUUAUGCACAUAGUUGGAUAUAAUAAUUUAUUGACGGUGCCUCAACAAGCUUUACCUGAUGCUGAUUUCUCUACGGUAACUUUUCCAAACCCUGAAGAGAAGGGAUCACUAAAUUUGUCCAUGCAACUGGCUGAUGUUGUGAACAGCCCUAUAGUAGUUGCAAAUGACCCCGAUGCAGACAGAUUUGCUUGUGCAGAAAAAUUUAACAACAAAUGGAAGAUAUUUUCUGGGGAUGAGUUGGGAAUAAUAUUUGCAUACCAUUUGAUGAAACAAAAUGAGAAAAAAAAUAUCGACAAAUCGAAACAUGUCUUUAUCUGCACAGUGGUAUGUUCAAGAAUGCUAAAGAAGUUAUGUGAAAUGUAUGGAUACAAAUACGAGGAAACAUUAACUGGUUUUAAGUGGCUCAUUAAUAAGGCCAUAGAUCUGAGUGAGAAAAAUUAUACCACCUUAUACUGCUAUGAGGAAGCCCUAGGACAUGCUCUAACCAAGUACGUACGGGACAAAUGUGGCAUAUCUGCUCUAGCAUACUGGAUUGAAAUAGCCGUUUAUUUAUAUGAAAAUGGAUUGACCUUUCAUGAGUACUUAGAAAACAUUCGGAAAGAAAUUGGCUACUUUGUAAGUAAUAAUGGUUACUACACCGUUUUGGACCCCACUGAUGUGGUUAGCAUAUUUAAUGAUUUUAGAGGUAACGGUUCCUACAAAAAUCAAUUGGGGUCCUAUAAAAUAGUCAACAUACGCGACCUAACCACUGGAUACGAUUCCACCACCGCCGAUGGGAAAUCCCUAAUUGCACCUACGCCGGAUUCUCAAAACAUUACCCUCUAUUUUGAAAACACUGCAGUACUUACCAUACGGGCUAGCGGAACAGAACCCAAGGUCAAGUGGUACAGUGAGAUAUCCAGGGGUAGUUAUGAAGCCGCAAAGAAAGAGAUUGAUCAACUGGUGGACGAAGUCAUGCCGCUGUUUAUGCAACCGGGAAAGUAUAACAUUAAGCGAUGCUAG